AUGGCGCGAUUCGCCCCAGCCGUUCUUCAAAGAUACCUGUUUGGAGGCCAACUUCUAGUCAGGGGAUGUCUUCGACAUAUGAGACAUGCUCCGCAGACUGCACCAUCUUUGUAUUCCCAGAGAUAUCACACAACUCAAAUCGAGAACACAAGCUCUGCCAACGCCCCAGACAUUACGAUUCCGUUUCGAAAACAGUUGAAGGACGAGGCAAAGCAGCGGAAAGCGGAUGAGAUUGGAAAGAAACCGAAGAGAGAUAACCAGAGAUUGGACAAUUGGGAAUUGACGGUCGGAAUCGAAAUACACGCCCAAUUGAACACAGAACGCAAACUAUUCUCCCCUGCCACAUCGACAAUCAACGAUGCCCCCAAUACUCAUGUCGCACUCUUCGAUGUUGCCAUACCCGGCUCCCAACCGACAUUUCAGAAAGAGACAUUGAUACCCGCAGUGAGAGCUGCUUUGGCGUUGAAUUGUCACAUCAAUAAGACAAGUCGCUUCGAUCGCAAACAUUACUUCCACUGGGAUCAACCUACGGGAUACCAGAUUACACAGUACUACGAACCGUUUGCGAAGGAUGGCUACGUUACUUUGUACGCCCAGGAUGGGCUUGCUAGGGAAGAUGGCGAAAAGAUACAGAUUGGCAUCAAGCAAAUACAGAUGGAACAGGACACAGCUAAGACAAUGUCUCAACCUGGAGAUGUUCACCUGCUGGACUUCAAUAGGGUCGGCCUGCCAUUGAUCGAGAUUAUCACACUCCCAGAAAUACACCAUCCUAGCACCGCUGCUGCAUUGGUCCGGAAAGUGCAAACCAUUCUUGGAGCUGUCGAUGCUUGUGUCUUGGGUAUGCAAUCAGGAGGGCUACGAGCUGACGUCAAUGUCUCAGUGCGAAGGCGUGAUGCUGUUGGAGGUCACGAAUAUGGUGGUGUACACGGCCUCGGUCAGCGUACCGAGAUCAAGAAUCUGAGCAGUUUCAAAGCUGUCGAAGAUGCCAUCAUCGCAGAGCGCGACCGUCAAAUCGAUGCACUUGAAGCCGGAGAGGUUAUCGAAGGCGAGACACGAGGAUGGACUAUUGGAAGCACUGAAACGAAAAGGUUGCGAGGUAAAGAAGGAGAAGUUGAUUACAGGUACAUGCCAGACCCAGAUCUAGCCCCAGUUGUUAUUGGAGAUGAUCUCAUCGACCAUCUGAAGGAAACUAUGGGCGUCCUUCCAGACCAGGAGAUCGAGACUUUGGUCGAGCAAUAUGGCCUCACAGCCAAGGAUGCUAUGUCAUUGAUUUCUCUCAAUGAUGGAGGCCGCGCUGAGUACUUCUACAACACCGUUGAGUCAUAUCUUCGGAACAAUCCCGAUGAGGAUAUGAGCAAAGUAGGCAGGUUGUGUGGAAACUGGGUAUUGCAUGAAAUGGGCGGUCUAUCUCAUCUUGAUGCAAGUGAGGAAAAUCCUCUGAAUUUUACAGAGGCAGGAAGAUGCUUGAUCACAACAGGCAAGUUGGCUCACCUAUUAGAUCUUCUGGGCAAGAGCAAGAUUACUGGGAGGACGGCUAAGAAAGUCCUCAACGAAGUGUUUGAGAGCGCUCUCCGCAAAGUUGACGAGACUCCCCAAGAGAUCAUUGACAGACUUGGAUUGUGGUUUCAGCCACUAUCUGAUCAAGAGUACGAUGAAUUGGCAAAGAGUGUACUUGAUAUCGAUAUCGUCAACCAGAUCUUGGCAGGCAAGAUUGGGAAGAUCAAUUUUUUGGUUGGCCAAAUGAUGAGGAAGGACGCUGAUGGUAGAGUCGAUGCACAACAAGCCACAGCGGUUCUUCAGAGGCUUAUCGAAGAAUAUAGGACGAAUUAA